CGGAACUUAGUUUAAGCCUUCCUUCAGACAUUGAUUUUUGUGGUUUCGUUGUUCGGUUACUACUGUUGAUGAUGUGAAUUGGGAAGUUGCUUUCCUGCUCUUCGCAUUCGUUUCUGUUUCUGUUGAGUAUAUGUAGAUCAUUGGGUGUUGUGUUGUAGUUGGUGGUCUGGUAUAUUGACUAAAAAAAAUUAAGUUGAUGGUGGCAUGUGUGGGCAGGUCUAUGAUGAGUUUAUAGAGAUUGUGGUUGGUGGACAGCAAAAGACAUGAUUAAACAUUCCUUUUGAUUGCUGACGGCGCGAGUUUCAACAGUUUAUUUAUUCCACAUAUCGAAUGCAAGCGAAAGCAAACAAUGAAAUUCAUAUUUUACUGAAACUCUUUGUGUUCGUGGUGCUAGCAGGCUUUGAAAAAUUUGUUAUUGUUACUAAAAAGAAUUUAACUUGUUUUUUAUUGUCACCACUUCAGUUGCAUAAGUGAUUCAAUCUGAAGCUGAUCGCUCGAGGCAUGGAAAAUUCAACGGCCGACUCCUUCCGAGAAAGCGAUUUCGUGUUCGCUCAGGCUCCAGGCUAUGUGCCCUGGCCAGGAAUUCUGACAAGAAAAGACCUUCGCGCAGGAAUGGUGGAGUUUAUGUGUACAAAUAACAGGAGGAGCAUUCCCUAUCAUAAAAUCUGGAUGUACGACGAUCGCAGCAAGGAACAAUUUAUCACAAGCCAGAAUAUGGAGUACGAGGAAUUUCGCGAAGCGAUUUGCAUUGCUGAGAAGCUUCGGUCUGGCAACGUGGAUGUUAACUCUGGCGCCGGCUGGCAGCUGGCCUCACCAAAAGAGGUGCGAAUGGAGCGCGAGUCCUUGGGCAUAGAGGUGAAAUUUAUCCACGAGAUUAAUAUACUGCGCCACAGCUUGACGCUUAGAAAACAGGAUAAUAAUAAAUAA